CCUCUUCUGGUGAUAAUUGUUAGAUUUAUUAAGUUUAGCUUUAGUUAAGUUUCAUAAUAUUGAAACAAAACUUUUUUGAAUAACUUAAUACAGCUCUAACGUGUGGUGUCGUUGUUAACAAUGGCAACUUUCCGUAAAUUACUGUACGUACCGCGCUUCGACACUCAGUCGCCCCAAACUGACAAGGAAUCGGAAUAUAAUGGAGAAAACAACAAACACCAUAAAAUAAGUAAGAAUUUGAACGGGUGGGCUCAAGAUGCGACUCCCUUACUCUUCUCCGACGUUAGAAGUCCCGAAAUAACACCAUGGUUUUCAAGGAAGGUGAAAGCGAACAAUCUUUUGAGGAUUUACGCCAAUAUGAGAUCGACGGUUAAUCUGAGGGCAUCUAAAGGCGGGAAAUCGCUGCGCGCCAAACGCGUCACCCGCGAAUGUGCGCGAGGAGUACAGCCACACAGGGGCUCAUCUGAUACUUUUGGAUUCCCAGCAAUAGAUGCUCAAACAGCAGAGGAAAUGUCCCGAUCCCAAACAAAACAGGAUGUCUUGAGGACUAUCAAGAAAAUGGUGGAGGAGAACAGGGUCAUCAGACAGCGGUUACUCACCUUGAGGCAGCAGAGCCGAAGCAAAUAAGGUGGUACCACAUGCAGUGCAUUUUCCAGAGAAAUUAAUGAAAGUUCAAAUGGCACAAUGCUGUUCAUAAUAUGCCUUCAUAAUAAUAAGUUAUAAGAAUGUAAAAUCUCAAUUCUUAGGACUUAAAAAAUGAAAAAUUUGUGGAGGAAAUGAGUAUGAUUUACGGAUGACCACUAGAUGGUGAUAUUUCCAAAUUAAGAGCAGCUACAUAAAGUGUAGCAGGGCUCCCACUUUCACACUCUCCAUUUAAAAUAUACUAUAUGUAUUAGUUGCUGGUUUUGUAUUUACAUUUUUAACAUUUAUAAAAAGAAUGGCCUUCUAAUGUGUCCAUUCAUUAACUUUACAGGACUACGUUCAUCACUCUUUUGUUCGUUUCUCACUUGUAGUGUUACUAUUUAAGCUUUAUAGUGACA